AUGUUCAAGCGACCACGUCAGGUUGCUAUUUCUAUACUAAAAAAAGGCUUUCUUGUUGAAGAGCUCCAUUACGGACCCUACUUAUGUUAUUGGUGGGAACUUUAUACAAACAUUGAUGAUCCGUUUUAUUUUUUUAUUCGACUUGGCUUUAAAAUAAAAGUCAACCUUAAUAAUCAGUUUUUUUAUCUUACUAUUCAAAGAGGAAAUGAAGCUAAUUUUUUUCCUGAAUAUUGUUGUGAAUCAGGAGGUUAUCAUACCAUAUCUUCUAAUCUGACUAAUGCAAUUUCUACUAUAUACAAGCAUGUAUUUGAUAAUCAAAUCCGUUAUUCUGGUUCUGUCAUUCUUGGGUGGAAUCAAAAAGAAAUUGUACAACAAUUAAUAAGCGAUGUUUUAUUAUUUCCGGUUUCAUGUAUGGUAGGUAAAUACAAGUUAUUUGUAUAUGGUGUUGGUAAUUCAUCACAUAAUGAUUGGUAUAAUACUGAAAUUGG